CCCUUCAGCAUGGCCAUUCCGAUGUAGGCCGUGGGCGGCCCUUCCACGGCCCGUUGUGCCACGAUCCUCCUCCCCUUCCACGAUGGCUCAGGUGUCCGGUUUGGGCAGAACAUAGUUGUGUACACCUUGGUCAGUGACGGACUGAGAGACUUUGAUCGUCCCAUGGCGCUGCGGCUGUUCUGUACCUUCAUCGACGUUCAAGACGUCGCCGUCCCAGACUCCGCCCGAACGUCCAGGAGUCUACCAUGCCCACGCAGGAGUGCAAACGCAUCAUUCAAGGGUGAGUCAGAGUAUGUGGCAACGUUGCUUGAAAGGUCUGCGACCAAAUUCUGUGGAUUGUCGGAGGUCAAAGAUGCGGAGGGUGAGAAGGUGGAGACGCUCACGGUGGAUCCACCCGAAGACACUCACGAACAUGUGAAUGUGGGCUCGGUUGGCCAUCCGAUGAUGUGCCGCCGGCCUUGUGCUCGCUUCGUGAAGGGCGAGUGUACCUCGGGUGCCGAUUGCAACUAUUGUCACCUGCAGCAUGAAGGUGCGAUCAUGUCGCUCGAUAAGCGCCAGCGGAAGCAAAUUCAGAACAUGGAUCUGGCCGAUCUCGUGGCCAUGCUCCUCCCGCCGCUCCGCGCAGCCCUGGCCGAGCUGCCCACCCGCCCAGCAGGACGCCUGUUGGCGGCUGUGCAGGCCCAGGCGGCAGCACAGGCUCCGGUACCCGACUGCUUGCUGGAGCGAAGAUUGCGCAGAAUGUCGUUGCCAGCUCUCCUGUCUUGCAUCCCCGCACAACAUGGCGACUUUCGUGCCGUGCUGCAAGAACACAUCGACGAGAUUCGUCGUGAGAUGCCAGUCACUGUCAGCCAGACCGUCCGAUGUGGAACGUUCUGAAGUUAUUUGUUUUUUUUUCCCGUGAAACGGGUUGUGGAAACCACCAACAUGCAUAUGCUGCUCGUUGGAACCGUUUUAUGUGAAUGUCUUUAACGACAGCUCGAGGGUGGAAGCCAUCCGAGACGUGUGGAGCGCCUUCGACGCGCACCCCCAGAGCGUUGAAGAUCGUUGAAGUCGCCAGGCGUCCUGCCUGACUCCAGGCGUCUAUUGGACUCUGAUUUCCAUGCGAACGGGAACCGACUUUGCGGCAACAGAUGUUUUUUGCGAGUGG